CGAAAAUGCACGGAUAUUUUGUUUCUGAUCGUUUUCAUCGCGUUUUGGAUCGCGAUGCUCGUGCUGGGCUUUUACGGCGUCGGCACGGGGAAACCGAAGAUUUUGCUCUUCGGCACCGAUUACCGCGGCGAAGUUUGCGAUCAAGGGAAGAACGAUGGGUUCAAGACGCGGUAUUUCAUGAACCCGGGCGAACUCGCUUGGGCGGCGGGUGUGCACACCGAUCAAUCGGCGAGCGCGACGCGUAAGUACAACUUGCGCGACGCGAAGAGCAUUUGCUUGAAGGAAUGCCCGAAGCCGACAAUGACGGCCAGCUCGGUUGCGUUUGUGUGCGAUUACCCCGAAGACGUCACUAUCGCGUCCCAACCGAACUACGACAAGAAUCAAUGGGUGGCGGACAACUACGACUACUACCAGUACUUGAGCGGCCCCCAAAAAACGUCCUCGCUCAAGUGGAUGGGGCCGUGCUACCCCGUGCUCUACGAGAGCGUCAACACGUUCUACACUUGCCAACUCUUUGUACGUCCGUACGUCGAUCCUUUCGGCACCGGUUACAGCUCCGGCAAUUUGGGGACUUACACCAAGUUGCUCGGCGACGAAAUCGACAAGGCGCUCUCUGGUCCGCUCGCCACGGUGGAACGCUACAUCGAUGACUUCACCACUGGUUGGAAGGUUGUCGUCGUCGCCGGUGGCGCCUGUCCGAUCGUUUUGAGCAUCGCCUUCUUGUUCUUCCUCCGAUACUUCACCAGCGUCUUCGCGUACACCACGCUCUUCUCGGUGAACGCGCUCGCCGUCGUGGUCACCAUUUACUUGUACCUCAAGGCCGGUGUCAUCGGUUCCGAUCAAGUCAACGCGUACGUGAGCAAGGUUUCCGAUAGUGCGUCGGCUUCUAUCACCAACUACGCCGAUCCGGCUGAGAGCGGUCAAGACACGCUCAAGAUUUUCGCGUACAUCUCGACGGCGCUCACCUGCGUCAUUUUCCUCUUCACCUUGUUGAUGCUCCGUCGCGUCAAGGUUGCCGUCGGCGUCAUCAAGGUUGCCACGGGUGCUCUCGGAAAGAUGCCGCAGUUGACUCUGUUCCCGAUCUUGCCCGCCGUUGCCAUGGUGUUGCUCUUCGUCUACUGGCUCAUCACCUUCGUCUACUUGUUCGCGGCGGGUGAAGUCAAGCAACAAGAUUGCACCUUGGCGGCGGGCGAACCGCCGUACAUGUACUGCGCCACUCCUUCGACGACGCCGACUGAUGACUGCCACUGCGGUUACGCGACCGUCUGGGACCGCAACUUGCAAGGCGCUCUCGCGUACUACGUCUUUGGCUUCCUCUGGGGCUCGCAGUGGAUCGUCGCCAUGUGCUACUUGAUCAUCGCGUGCGUCUUUGUGCAGUACUACUUCAAGGGCGGUAACUACAACGGCCUUAAGAACAAACCGAUUAUCACCUCGACCAAAAGGAUGAUGUGGUACCACACCGGUACCGCCGCCGUCGGUUCUUUCUUCGUCGCCUUGUUGCAGUUCAUUCGACUCAUCGUGCGCUUCAUCGUGCACCGCAUGAAAAAGUUGUCCAAGGACAGCAAGAUUAUCAAGUACGUCGGGUACUACGUGGAAUACUGCUUGUGGUACUUGCAAAAGACGAUCGAGUGGUUGAACCGCAACGCGUACAUCAUGACCGCCAUCGAAGGCACGUCCUUCUGCAACUCUGCCUGGAACGCCUUGGCGCUCAUGGUGAAGAACGUCGCGGCCGUCGCCACAGUCAACAUCGUCGGCGACAUCAUGCUCGUCCUCGGCAAGCUGGUCGUCGCCUUGGGCUCUGGUACGAUCGCCUUCUUGAUGCUCGACGCCGACACGUUCAACUACGGUGACGAAAAGGUUUCUUCCCCGCUCUUCAUCGUCAUCGUCGUCGUCUUGUUUGCCUUCAUCAUCGCGAACGUCUUCAUGUCCAUCGUCGAACUCGGUAUCGACACCAUCUUGCUCUGCUACUGCAAGGACUGCGACGACAACAACGGCGCUCCGGUCAACGCCCCGCCGGCGCUCGUCAAAACUCUCGGCAUGUCGAGGAAGAUCGCCAAGAUG